AUGUCCGUGUUGUUGGCCGCCGCCUUCAACAUCGUUUCGAGCGUGAGCAUAAUCUUGGUCAACAAGCAGAUUGCUUCAGUAUGCCGCUUCGAUUUCAUUUUGACAAUGCUUUUUCUCAACUUCCUGACGACAGCGUCGCUGUUGGAAAUACUGGCAAAGCUCCAGUGGUUUGAGAAGAAGCACCUGCCGAUGCGCGAGCGAUGGCUCAUCGCAGGUAUUGCGCUUAGCACGGUCCUCCUCAACAACUGCAGCAAUGAGGCGUGCUCAAGUACAAGCAAUGUCGUGAAGCAUGAAGAGCUGUCCAGUUCAUAUCAGUUGCUGCGUGACCGUGUGCGCCUCCGCGGGCAGCUUGGAGAAGGGCCGUCGACACCCAUGGGUCGAAGCAUUAACUGGCAAGAUGCAGUCAGUGGCUCCGCGGCGGGUGCAGUGUCCAAGACUGCCACAGCCCCGCUGGAGCGAGUCAAGAUGGUGCUUCAAAAUCAGCAGCUGUCUGUCGGGAGGGCUGCAAGGGCACCAUUGCGCAACGUUGUGCAUGCCGCUGCGCAGCUUCUGCAGGAGCCAUGUGGACUAAGAGGGUUUUGGCGCGGCAAUUUGGCCAACGUCCUCCGCGUCGUUCCCACCUACGGCGCCCGAUUCUGGCUGUUUGCCCUGUGCGACGAGACGCUGGCCUUUGUGCCACAGACGGACACAAGGCGCUUCAUCUCGGGCGGCACGGCGGGUGUUGGUGCCCUGCUGCUGACGCAUCCUCUGGACAUGGUCCGGACCCGCCUGGCUGCAGCACGCGUGUUUGCGGACGAAGCAUCCUACAACGGCUUUGUUGAUUGCUUCCUGAGCGCUUGGAGAAAGGGCGGUGUGCGGGGGCUCUACGCCGGCUGCCUUGCCAGCAUGUUGGAAAUUGCUCCAUACAGCGCCAUCGUCUUCACGGCCUAUGAAGGCAUCAAGCAGCGUUUGAUGCCUGCGGGCAGCACUGGCAUUUUACCAUCUGGGCCACAGAUUCUGGCAGGAGCCAGCAGCGGAAUGAUUGCCGCGAGCGUUUGCUAUCCAUUGGACACCAUGAGGCGGCAGCUGAUGUUGGAUGGAGCACUUGGCUUUGAUGCCAGGUAUGGUGGCAGUAUUUGGAAAUGCUGCAAGAGCCUGUGGCUCCAAGGUGGCUUCCUAUUGCUUUACCGGGGGUGGACGGCGACGUUGCUUAAGGCUGUGCCGACCGUUACGAUCACAUUUCUGACGAAAGACUUCCUGUCCGACGUGCUGCGGCUGAAGAUCACGGAUCUGUGCAGGGCGUGUGUGAACGAUGUCGACGAGAUGCACAAGAAUUUCCGGCUGCAGGGACUGCAGGAGCUGGCAGGACAUCGUCACGCCUCACGAUUCUUCAUCGGGGUGCAGGAGCAGACUUCCGCAGACUGUCCAGGCAAACAGCGUCGGGUUCUAUCAGAUCACAAAGCUGCUCGGACUUCGAUGGAAGACUUCACAGGCUCCCCGGUUUUUGUUUGGCUCCAAGGACUGGAAAGAUUGCAAGGGCGAAAGUCGGCAGUUUACAGUCGCAAGGUGAUCCUUAGUAUCGUGGUCACAGCGAUUGGAGUGGCUGUGGCGACCGUCUCGGACUUCGAGAUGAACGUCCGCGGGACCAUCCUGGCGGCUCUUUCAAUCGUGAGCACCGCACAGUACCAAAUUUGGCAAGGCUCGAAGCAGCACGAGCAUGGCGUGACUGCGACGCAGAUCACGUACUCAGUCGCAUGA